AUCUAGCGACCGGAACGACAUCGAGGUCAGCACAAACAUACGCACGCACUCCGCUGGUACUGUGCUCCGGCUGCUCCGGCGAGCUGUUUGAGUCAUUUGAGUAGCGUUGCCGGGCGGUGCUGUAUAGUAUGCUAUCCUGUCCUUUCUAGCGAGCAAACGUGAUUAUGGAAGCGUGUGCUCCUACUUACUGUAUCGGUGCAGUUGCUUACGCUUAAGUUGCUCACGUAGCCGAUGCGAUGGAGGUGUAUAUCUGGAAAGGUGACUGGGGGCUGCCCAGCAUCGACACUGCGUGCCUGGAAGUCUUGGCAUACGCAAAAUUUUCCGGGGCGCCACUGAAAACUAGAGAAGUCCGUCGACCGUGGUUCGGAUCGUUGCCCGUGAUGCGGCAUGGACCCGAGACGAAGCUCACCAAGUUUCAAGAUGUCGUGGCCUACCUCCGAAAACAGAAUUAUAGCGCGGAUGUGCAGAUGACGCCACAACAAGCCUCAGAUGCAAAGGCUUACAUUGCCAUGCUAAGACAAAAACUCAAGCCCGCUUUGCUUUACCAGUGGUGGGUCGAUGCCCAGAACUAUGUGGAGCUGACAAGGCCCUGGUACGCUAAGGCGCUGGGCUUUCCCUUUAACUACAUAAUCCCUGGGCAGAUGCAACGUGCUGCCACUGCUGCCCUCAACUCAAAGCUGCAGGGUUUUGACCUUGAAGGCGACCAGGCACAAAUUGCGCUUUUCAAGGAAGCACAAGAGUGCAUGACCACACUAUCUCAGCGGCUUGGAAAAGAACAAUUUUUCUUUGGCCAGAGCCCCACUUCAUUGGAUGCCAUCGUGUUUGCCCACCUGGCGCCUUUGCUGCGUGCACCAUUUCCAAGCUGCGCCUUGCAGAACCACCUCAAGGCAUGUGACAACCUGGCAGCAUUUGUUACCAGAAUUAUGCAGCGGUACUUCUCUGUCAAGGAUACCGGUAGCGGAGACUCUGGAGCCUCAAAGGUGUCGACAGAGGAGUUUUCCUUCUCAUGGCUCAACUCACUGAUAUCAGUCGGUGUGGCCACAGUUGCCAUGCUUUCGUAUGCUCUGCUGUCAGGGCUUGUGCAAGUCGAGUAUACGGAAGAAGAACCACCGCCCAUGGACAGUAGAGACAAGGCAACGAAACGUGCUUCAGAUUGACAGUACUCUCACGAAGUGCAUCACAUAGUGCAGUGGUGUUCAGCACUGUGCAGGAUCCUGGUGCAGUUUUGCAUUGCAGAUGACUUGUCGAGCAUCAGUUCAGCAUACUGCAACCUGACAGCAAAGACCUGCAAUGCUUUUGAAGAGACACUGCAGCAUGCAAGAGGCACAGAUAAUUUUUGUGUGUGUGGGGGGGGGGGGGGGGGGAGACGUUUGCCUUGGAACGAUGCCUAAGAGUAUGUGGCUUCAUUUGAUCCACAGAAGCACACCAGCGAGAGGUAUUUGCUAAUGCCAACUACAAACAGUGCAAGAAACUUGUUUUUGUGCAGAUGUGUAGGCAACAAGGAGCGAUAACUUGCUAGUUAACGCACACAGAGAAAACUGUUCAUAAUACUACAAGCAUCGACUCGCAAUGUAAACUGUGGAGGAGGCUAACUGGAAUUGGUACGAGACCAUUUUGAAAAACUUAAUGUCUCUUGAACACAACAUGAAAAACUAGAUGCUGUACAUAAUGUUGUCUGUUUCAUGUUCAAAAAGCAAAAAUAGUUUUUUGCUGUUACGGCAGAAAAAUUUGUUGUUGCAGCAUAAAUAUAUAUGCUGUCUCUCCAUGCACAAGCAGCUGGCUAUAUCCACUGCAAUGAAGUUCUUUUGACAGCAUUGCUAAAUUGCCCCUUGAUGGGCAUUGCAAGUCGGUUCAUUUGAGUAAAAGCAUUAACUUGAAGCUUUAGUAGUUUGACUCACACUUAUAGUGACCUCCACCCAUCGUUUUGGAACAGCUACCUGAACCUUGACCACGUGCUCAGAUUUUGUAAGUUUAUACCUGCUGGAGAACAUACCAAGCUCGAGAACUUAAACCCGUUUCUCAACAGCAGAGCAAAAAAGAUAGCGAUAUGCUAUGGAGCGUUGCUUGCGGAGGAAAACGUCAACCUGCUUCGAGUCAACUUGGUGUAAAAGAAAAUCUUCAACAUGGAGCAAGAAAAGUAUCUUAAAAUAGACCGGUGAAAUUUACUUCUAGCCUUUGCACUGCAGAGAAGAAACGGCCAAAUAGAUGUGCUGCACAACAAUUCCGCUGCUCUGCUUUGCCGCUGACUAGAAGCAAAAAGAUGUUGUCUUCGAGACAUAAAACCUUUUUACUGUACAUGCACUGGCUAUAUCACUAGAUGAAGUACUGUUGUAUUCACGGUAUAUUUACGUGUUAAAGUGGAAGCUACAUCAUUCAUGAUGGACCUCAAUAUUUGGGUGCCACUCCAUACUUGCUGACGAUGCAUCCAGCACUGUAGUCAGCUCGAAACUACAUAGUUUUUCCCUCUUUAGUGUUCUUUGUUGGUGCCAGGGACUAGUGCUUAGCUUUUUAACCAAACUUUGCAAGCAACUGGCAACACUGUGCAGGUGGACAAAUUUUAGAAUUUGCUAGCAGAGAAGCAUUGGUGACUUGGAGGGUUACGAGAUUAACAUUUCUUUUUGAUCAUGGAUAGGGCAGGUUUAAAGGAAAGGUCACAUAGCAGUGACAUACUCGGCAAACAUUCAUUUAUACUGAAUUCAUUGAAAUAGCAAUAUUUUGUUCUAAGCAGUAUUCUGUUAAACCCAAGGAGGCACUUAAGGCAGCUGUAGUGAGGUGAAAAAUUCAUCCUAAUGCAACACAAGUUAACAGAACACACACAUAAGCAUAGAAAAAAAAAACACUUCUUACUGGCCGUGUGGCAUUUUUAUUGGCAUUUUAGUGGAUAUUUUUUAUCUUAUUCUUUAAGAAAGUGGAUGCAAAUAGUGUGUGGAUUUCUGUGAAGUGCCGUUAAUUUUUUACUUUCGUGUCUAACAUAGCUUGUUAUGUUGCAUCCACUACAACUACACUUCACUGUGUUAUUAGGUAAAUGGAUUAUUGACAUUUCUGACCAGGUUCAAGGAUACAAAUUUACAUAGCCACACAAGUGCAAACGCUUACCCCUAUGUUUUUAUUGUAAACUGCCAUGACACGCCUUCCCAUUUUAUUUCCUUCCAUCUGUAUCCUUUCUUUUUCCACUAGACCCACUUUGUGGUUUGGGUCUGAACCGCCGUGGUGGCUUAGCGGUUAUAGUGUUGUGCUGCUAAGUAUGAGGUCACAGCAUCAAAUCCUGGCCACCAUGGCCACAUGUUAAUGGGGGCAAAAUGCAAAAACGCCCAUGUCCCAUGCAUUGGGGGCACAUUAAAGAUCCCCUCAUGGUCAAAAUUAACUCGUAGUCCCCCACUACAGCAUGCCUCAUAAUCAAAUGGUGGUUUUGGCAAGUAAAACCCUGGAAUGCAAUUCAACAGUUUGGAUCUGAUGCAGCAUAACUUGGUAACAGGCUGUCACCUAUUGCAGAUGAGCCUUUGGAAUUUGCCUGUUUUCUCACAUGUCUUCUGAAAUCUUCUGAAACAGCUAUCAGCAUGUGAUAUAGUGAGGCCAGACACAUUGUGGUACGGCAGUGACCUUUUUUGGCUUUCUUGCAGUGGCCCAAGUAGAGAAUUUGAAAGCAGAGGACCGUUGGCACUUCUUCAGGCAGUUCUGUGGCUUUUUUCAUUAGCUUAUAGUUCUGGCUCCAUUGAUGAGGAGAUGACAAAGUAAAUUCUCAUGUUGGUACAAAAGCUGCACCGACUAUAAAGACUCUUUGAGAUAAACUCCCUGUGGUGGCACAGUGGGUAUAGCAUUGCUAAACUCAAAGGCACAAGAUCAGAUCUUGGCAGAAAUGGCCACAUUUCACUGGGAAUGAAAUUAUAAAACGCCUGUGCACUAUGCAUUAGGCACACAUUAUAGAACCUCAGGCGGUUGAAAUUCAUACUGCCUCAUAAUCAUAUUGUGAUCUUGGCACAUAAGAUCCCAGAAUUGUUAUUCUUCGAGAUGAAGAAGGGAUCCUGGUAAUCUGCCCACCUUACUUGACAUUCAAGUGAACGCAAGCACUCCGAGUCCAUAGAUGGUAAAUUAAGGUUCUCGUACUGUUGGCUAGUCAUAGAAUUGAGCUUAUAGGUCUACUGUAGUUCAUUUUAAGACUGUCAAUUAGGACCAUAUUUCAUUUCAGAUAAGCAAUUCUGGUGUCGGAAGGAUUUACUGUACUUGGUGAUUGUAGUGCUUUUCAGUGUUGGCAGUCGCACGACCAAUCUCAUGUGCCUUUCAUAUGUCAGUGAGCUUUUGACCAUUUGUUAGGCUUCAGUCCGUAUGCAGUUCUACAAUUAGUCAUUUUCAAAUGGUACAGGAUUGGGCCAAUACCGUUCUAAAUGUGGCAAGUGCAGCUGACUAGAAAACAUUGUUCUAUUUAGACUCUCUACUCAUUUCGACCAUUUUACUGCAAAUAGCAGUUAUGAGCUGGGGAAUAGGCUGAAUGUGUCCAUCCAUACGCAAGAAUUUUGAGUUUUUCUCAUACAAUGUAAGAAAAUAAAAUGCAGGUCCAAUGCACAUCUUGGAAGCUUUUAUAAAAAAGUGAAUCAAAGGUUGUAAAUUUGUCAAUUCAAUUCCUGCGUCUUUGGCAUAAAGAAAACUACCAUGCAUGCAUAUGCUCUUGCGCGCCCUUGCUAUGCCAUGUGACACACAUGCCGCUCUCAAAGAGCUUGUUGGCGUUGGCACAGUAGUAUGCAAUUGUGGCCUAUAAUACAUGUAAAGAGAAAAAAGUGUUUGUGGCCUAGUGGUUAGAGCAUCAGGCUACUGUGCUGGAAGACCGAGGUUCGAUCCUCCAUCAGGCAUGUAAUUCUUUUUUUUUUUUUUUGUACGAGUUAUUUGGCAAGACAGCAGCAGCAACCAGCAGCCACAAUGAUAACAUUCCGGGAAGGUUCGCAAAGAAAGCUUCACUUUAAUAUUGUUCACUGAUGUGGGGAAUCAAACCAUGCACUUAUGCAUAUUCAAGCCAAGUGGCUCACCCACUACUCGACACCUACUUUCUGCUGCAGUAAACCACAAUGUGAGCUAGGAAAUGGGAUGAGCAUGUCCAUCCCUGGCCGAGCAGAUUCUCUGGCCUGUGCAGACUGAUGUGCAGUAGGGUAAAAAUAGGCUUCAGCACAGUGGGUGUGAGGCCAAGUAUGGCUAGCUUCGUGCUGGUUUUCGUUCGGUGCAGUAUGGAAAAAUAAGAUGCUCACCAUUGGAGUUGAGAAUGGAUAGUUGCAGCUGGAGUCUUUUUUUUUUUUUUUUUUGCUUGGCUGAUCAAAGUGAAAAAUGUAAAAGCUUGAGAAACGGCAGCCAGGUUGCGGAUGUGUGCUCUUCAAAAGCGCCAGGCACAAGAUUGUGCAGUAGCCUGAAAGAAGUGAACUGCUAAAGGAAAAGAGCUGCAAGAGAACUCGUAACUGCUGUUUGCAGUAAUUGAGUCUUUCACAUGGGGCAGCUCAGUGGCAUAUAUCCCUGGGGAUUGAGAUAUUAGUUUUGCGAUGUUUCAAUAUAGCGAGCUUGUAUUGCUGUACUGUUGGCGCACUACUGCCACCUGCAAUAUGUAAAUGUGAUUGCAAAAUAUAAGAAAAUGUUUUUCAUUGCACUAUUGCUUAUGCCGCAAAUAGAAUGUGCAAAAUGCCGAUCUUCAGGUGCCUAGUUUUUAUUAGGUCACUUGCAGAGAAGCAAUGUGUUAUGUUGAAAGGCAUGUAGAAAUAAAGGAAAUGUUUCAUUAAA